AUGCAUCUCUCCCUUAAAUCUCUCGCUUUGACAUUGACUUUCGCCGGCACCGUCGAUCUCUCCGGCAAUCUCCGGCGGAUUUUUUCCAGUAGCCAUAAGCUCGUACCUUACAGUGUCACCGUUCCAAACUCAAAAAUCUUGAAUUUAUGCAACGGGCUGCUGCUGCUGCAGUCUGUCCAUCCAGAUCCGGUGGAGUACCAUGUUUAUAAUUCAACCACAAAACAAUCAAGAACCAUCAGCCUUACUGAUAGUGAGGAUUUCAAGAAGAUUAUUGGGCUUACCUUAGCAUUUGAUACUUCAAAAUCGCCUCAUUACAAGAUCAUGUGUGUCAGGGCUAAAAUGAAGCCCCCUUCUGCACGUGAGAGACAUUGUCGGACCUCCAACUGUCAGAGCUUCACUUGGAGGGUAUGCUUGGAGCAGCUUACAGCUCCUACAGGAGCAAACUUCUCUAAUGGAGUACACUGCAACAACGUGAUUCACGGGGAUAACUAUCCUCACACUCAUAUAUACUAUAAUAUAAACAAAAAUGUCGUUGGAAAUUUACCUCAUGCUCAAGUUCCUUGGCAUGGAGGUAGAGGAGGGGUGGCUUGUCACUGUCAACUCCAAGAAUCAAACGGUCUUCUCUAUCAUAUCAUCAUAGUGUCGCACCUUGGUGACAAAUCAAUAGAAGUUUAUGAACUGCAGGAAGAUUAUUCUCAGUGGCUACUGAAGUAUCAUGAUGAUGUUGGGCAGCUUCCGGGAAUGGUAGAGUUGCACUAUGCUCACUCAUGUCCCUGGAAAGAUUACCUUGUACAGUUUUCUCGACAAGAGAUCCGAGGAGAUCGUUGA